GCUCUGAAAAUUCCCAAAACUAUGCUGUUUGACCUUCUUUCCUGGACGCUUAUUAGUACCUUGCCUGCCAAUGAUGCUUGCUUUGCUAUCGCUCACUGGGCGGGUUCUUCUUCUUCUUCUGCACGUUGUGGUUUUUGGGUCCGUUCUGAAGGAUCCGUGGUUACGCGGCUCCCGAGUGGUCUCCCUCUGCAGGUUGAAAUAUAUGCCUAUCUGGAUUAAUUUCUCAUUCAAGCUCUUUGUUGGCCUUUGAAGUAUAUGAUCUGUGUGUAAUUUGUUAUUCUUCUGCUGUCGCAUGUGGAAGCCAACCUUUUCGAUUUUGGGUGGAUUUUGACUUGAGAAAUGAUGGGGGGAGGUCAGGUGACACAGAGAGGGGAAGAGAAAUAUAUAGAGUACAUAUAUUGCAGAGCACAACCCAGCACCAAGAAAAAUUAACCUUUGGGUGCUACGACGUGAUGCAGUAACACGGCAAUUACUCCAGUGGGGCGUCACAUUGCCUGUUGCUGUGAUGCAUGAGUAGUCGACUCCACUGAAGAUGUCACAAUCAUAUUCCCUAUGCAAUCCCUCAGACCAUGGCCCCACGAGCAGUCCGCCUCACGCCUAGAAGAAAGCCACCUAAACUCCUCUUCGUCGUUCUUCUGAUCCUUGUUCCUAUAUGUCUGAUUGGGAUAUUCACUCACUAUCAGAAAAUAACGUACUUCUUCCGCCCACUAUGGGACAAUCCGCCUCCCCCUUUUCAGCGCAUCCCUCACUAUUAUGCAGAAAACGUGUCAAUGGAGCACCUUUGUACCCUCCACAAGUGGUCCAUACUCCCCAAACCUCGCCCGGUUUAUGACGCAAUAAUCUUCAGCAAUGAGCUAGAUAUGCUAGAGAUAAGGUGGCGGGAACUCGAUCCAUAUGUCACUAAAUUCGUAAUUCUCGAGGCCAACACCACCUUCACUGGCAUGCGGAAACCUCUUGCAUUUGCUUCCAACCGUGCUCGGUUUGCUUUUGCUGAAGAGAAGAUUGUCCAUGGCGUCUUUUCGGGCCGAAUCGCUGAUGUCCGAAUGCAAGAAGAUCCAUUUAAGCUCGAGUCUGAACAGCGGAUGGCUAUGAAUGGACUACUUCGUCGGGCAGGGAUCUCUAAUGGUGAUCUCUUAAUAAUGGCCGACACAGAUGAGAUUCCCAGUCCACAUGCUGUGAAACUGUUGCAGUGGUGUGAUGGGGUUCCGCCUGUGAUGCACCUUGAGCUGAGGCAUUAUAUGUACUCGUUCGAGUUUCCUGUAGAUUAUGGCAGCUGGCGAUCCACUGCCCACAUAUAUGAGCCCAAUACCUAUUAUCGGCAUUCACGCCAGACAGAUCUUAUAUUUUCGGAUGCAGGAUGGCACUGUAGCUUCUGUUUCCGACGAAUAGAAGACUUUGUGUUCAAGAUGACUGCGUAUAGCCAUGCAGACCGGGUCAGACGAAGAGACUUUCUAGAUUAUUCGAGGAUUCAGAGACUUAUCUGCCGGGGAGACGACCUGUUUGAUAUGUUUCCCGAGGAGUACAGCUUUCAGGAGUUGAUCAAGAAGCUGGGAUCGAUACCUCGUUCAGCUUCCGCAGUUCAUCUUCCCGCGUAUUUGAUAGAGAAUGCAGAUAAGUUCAGGUUUCUUCUUCCUGGAGGCUGCAUGCGAGGUGCCGCGUGAAGCCUGAUUUUCUGGGGACUAUGCACCUGAUUGUGAGUAGGUAGAUACGCAUUAGUGUCACUGCUCCGGUUUUCCUAGUGAAUUAUUUUUUUACAGACUUGAAUCCCCCGCCAGCGGCACAUUUCCGGAUGGGGAAAUGCUGUUCCCAUGGUUCUUCCCUUGGGUGCAUUGAACUUCAGACAGCAAGGUCGUUGUGCAGGAUUCAAUCUUUGACCUUUGGUACCGCAGCAUAGUGAACAUCGAUACAUGGGGUUAGGCCAAAGAAGUCCUGUACUCAAUCAAGAUUUGCUGCCUUGAUUAGUUUGGUUAGCAGCAGAGACAUUUAUAUAAUAGCAUCUCGCAUUGAGUCGAGCCAUGUGACUCCAUUUUCUUUUUCUUUUUUUUCCCUCUUUUCCUCGAUGGGCAACAACACCAUGUGGUUUUAAAGUCGAAGAAUAGUCCUAUUUCCUUGUUUAUGACUGAUUGAUUGAGACCAAUUUUCCUUA